CGCGUCAACAGCGCAUUGUGAAAAAAAACGACUUUGCAGAGGGGGAUGGAGAAGGAGGAGGAGGUGAAGAAGGAAGCGUUAGAGAUAAUCCGGCAAUACGAAAAGCUGCCUGCUUUGGUUGUAUUUGAUCUCGAUUACACUGUCUGGCCGUUCUACUGCGAGUGUUUUUACGAAGAUGAAAUGCCAUACCUCUAUCCUCAAGUUAAACCCAUUUUACACGCUCUCCAGGAGAAAGGAAUUGACGUGGCUGUCGCUUCUAGAUCGCCCACUCCUCGUAUUGCCAAUACUUUUCUCAAUAAAUUGGGAAUUCACUCCAUGUUUGUAGCCAAGGAGAUUUUCUCUAGCUGGACUCACAAAACUGAGCAUUUCCAGAGAAUCCACCGAAGGACUGGUGUAUCUUUUACUUCAAUGCUCUUCUUUGAUGAUGAGGAUAGGAACAUCGAAGCGGUAUCAAAAUGGGCGUAACAAGUAUAUUGGUUGACAAUGGGGUAAAUCUUGAUGCCUUGAGACAAGGACUGUCUGAAUUUAGUCAUAAGUCAGGUUCCUCAAGCAGAAGCAGGGACUAAAUUCUGGAUCUUCAUUCAGAAACUUUGGUAUGGGAGGUUAUAUUCUUCUGCUUCAUUUUAGCAAUGUGGCAUAUUUGUUGCUUUUCUGCACCAUUUAUGCAUCAAAUUGUAUCAACAUAUAAGCUCAUAUUGUUUUCUGUGGCUUAAUGGGCAUUGUGAAAUGCUUAUCAAUAA